UUAUCAUGAAGUGACUUCAACUCACUGAGUCAGACAGCUGUGGCCUCCAUUGUCAGACCAGAGGCAGAAGCGUCUCUGCGGGCCAGGUGAUCCCCCUGCUCACUAUUCGAGAUGGAGACGACAACAUAUGACUACAGUAAUUACAGCGAUGAGCCGAGCAUGCUGACCACACCAUGUCCCAGGGAGGGUGACAACAGCCUGGGAGCUCGUCUAUCCAUCCUUUACUACUUUAUGUUUCUCUUCAGUGUCUGUGGAAACGGUCUGGUCUUGGUCAUCAUCCAUCGGUUCGAGAGGCUGACCACCGUGACCAACAUCUUGCUGCUGAACCUCGUGAUCUCGUCCCUGAUCUUCAUGAGCAGCCUUCCCUUCAUGGGGGUGUACCUGCAGCUCUCCAACUGGAUCUUCGGCAAGGUUAUGUGCAAGAUUGUGGGCGGCGUCUACUAUCUGGGCUUCUACAGUUCUGUCCUCUUCCUCACUCUUCUGACCUUCGACCGACACCUCGCUGUUGUCUACUCCUUGGGCUCAUCGCGAUUGAGGAACAGAGGGUACGCUGUGGUCUCCUGCGCUGCGGUGUGGCUGGUCAGCAGCCUGGCGUGCAUCAAGCCAAUGAUUCUCCACACCACAUUUAGUCAUUCUCUUGAGACCAAAACCUACUGUGACCAGUAUCCAGGUGACUUUCCCAAUAUCAAUGUGGACCGUCUGAGAAAUGCCGGAUUUCACAUUCAGCUUGUCCUUUUCUUGAUCUUCCCCCUGGUGGUUAUUGUCUACUGUUACAUUAGGAUCACAAUCACUGUCCUCUCAUCCAGGUUGGUCACCAAGUUCAAGACCGUCAGGCUGAUAUUCAUCAUUGUCCUGUUGUUUUUCCUGUGCUGGACCCCGUUGAACAUUGUUGAGCUGAUGAGCGAUGACACCUGCGAGGAAGCGCAGAGAAGGGGCUACGCACUGCACAUCACUCAUAACAUUGCCUAUAUUUACUUUUGCUUCAGUCCCAUCUUCUACACAUUUGUGGGGAAAAAGUUUCAAAACCACUUCAGACAGAUCCUGGUGAAACACUUCCCAGGGUUAAGGAGGCACAUCAGUGUGUCUCACACCAGCAGACACAAUAUGUCCACAAAGAGUACGCCGAAUUAGCUUUAGGAGUGGGGAGACCUUUAUUCCUCAGCACUGGCGUGUGUUCAUCAAAGAAGUCCAAAGUCAGUUCUUUCAGCAUCGUCAAGCCUCAGAGUAUCAACGUCCAACUAGGGAUACAGUUUUGCCGAUAGCAGGAAAAAGCUGAAAUAUAGAUUUCUCUGCUCAACCCUACUGAGAGACAAUGUUGUGUUGUAUAAGCGUCGCCUGAGACAAACUGAUACAAAUCAAAAUCUGCGGAUUGCUAUGUUGCUGAUUCCUCCAGUCAAGGCUCUGAAACUGUGUAGAGUUAUCAAAGUCCAGCCCAUAUUGAAGCUCCUGUCACCUCUAUAUCUGCCAUCAUUGCACAUGGAAACCAAAGACGGAAGACGUGCGUUUGGUUUAGCUAUGGGAAUGUGACAUACCCUGAAAUCAGUUGAGCAUUAUGCUCUUGAUGAAAGUGGUAGUGACUUUCUGCCCUUUAGUGAACAGAGGUUGAUUCAUGAUCUCUGAUGUUUUUCUUCUCCUAUUUUUGAGAAAGUUGAGCAUCCCUAUUGCCAGGAAGAACAAUGUUACUGAAAGAAAUAUCUGAAUUUUCAGUAUAAACCAAAUGACAAUGCCUCUGAAUGAUGUAGAAGUUUAAGCAUUAAGCAUUAUGACUGCUUUUUGAUCAAUAAUACUGGAAAAAAAGUACUAACAUUUUGCACCUGUCAUAUUUAAAUUAUCUGUGUGACCCAAUUUAAAAGUUGGACAAGAUGCCGCUCGUGUAAAGGGUUGUAAUCGUUUAACCAUAUAUCGACUUGAAUGUCUAAACAUUAUGUAAAAAGGUGUGGAGAUUAUGUAAUGUGAUGAUUCAUCUUUUCUUUUGUAUAGUCAAGUUUUCCAUAAAUCACAGUUUAAAUGGGGAAAAAACGGCAAACAGCUCAUGAAAGGGAGAUGAAAGCUUGAUUGAUGUGGCUCUUGUGUUGGCUUGUGAAAAGCCAUUUUAUUAAAUGAAGACUUUCCAUCA